AUGCUGUGUGAAGCAGCCUUUCUCCUGCUAUCUGGGAUUUCUGCGGUCUCUGGUUUGCAACUUCAGCAUGCCAGCACAAGUGUGCCUCUCACCAAACCAUCGCCUACAUGCACCUCGUCUGUGAGUAGACAGUGGUUAAGCACAUGUAACACCACGAUCUUCUGGCCAACCUCAACCGACUGCUUCUAUGGCCCAACAACCGGUCCCGGUGCAUCUGCCGUGCUCUGCAACGCCCAAUGGGUCGAGUAUAUCGGCCGAGCAAGUGGCCUGUCCUCUAUGGGAGCAACCUCUACAUCUACCAUCACCGAGACCUAUCCCAGUAGCACCGGCGCGUGCAACACAGAUGUCUGGCCGGAGGGACCAGGCGAUCCGCAUACCGGCCCUGUCACCACAUUGUGCGAUGGCAUCGCCCGUGCUCUGGGUCCUCUGGAGUAUUCCACCAGUUACUGGCCGGGCACAGGGCCCUGCAGCACGGCCAUUUUGACCAGCACCGACACCACCCCGAUCUAUCGGUCUCCCUCUCCUUCCCCGGACUGUCAGCUCAAUUCCCAGGACUGCAUCCCCAUCUGGGAGACCUACACCAGCCGGUACAAUUCCUACCUAGACUCGAUGACAACGGAGAUACCAGGCGACACGAACCGCCCGAUCCGACCGACCGCCUGUCCAACCACCAAGCGCAACUACACCGAGCAAGACCCCUGCACCAACUGCCAUUAUCUGCCUGGCACGGCCACUCUCUUCUACUGGCCCGUGUCUACCGUCAGCGGCGACCUCUGUCUGCAGAACGGAAGCACCGUCCCUGCCACGCCAACCGGCGACGGGCCCAACACUGCCAUCGUCGACAGCCACACCUUCAUCUCACCCAGUAUCUACGCCUCCUUCACCAGCAUCUACGCGCGGAGUAACAAGCGCGCGCACCCGGGUGGCUCCUGCGGCGCGGACCACGAAGAUGUGAUCAUAUCCAUCCACCCGGAUGCCCUAACAUCCUAUCGUGGCCACCGUAACGCAAAGUACCCGAUCACCGGCACGCCGUAUCCGUUCAAUUUCGCUGAGUUCCAACCCCACGAGGUCGGAAACUACACCCUGCCUCUGAUUCCCUGGGAUCAGUACCGUGGCGGCGCGCAGUGCUCUCUCGGCGGAAGGGCCUGUGACAUGGUCCGCAGCGACUAUCGUCCGUGGAUGGGCAUCCCGGAAGGCGUGAUGACCCAGAUUGAUCCGCGGUGGACCGAGUGUGAUCGCUUGUGGUAUAUUCCUCCGGUUAGUUUGGUUCCGCUGGUGGCUGGUUCGAUGGAGUCACGGCCGACAGGCGUGGCGGAGGCGAGCGUUCCCCAGCCUGCUUCGGCGGUACCUGUGUCGGCUUUGGUGGCAUCUACCCCGACGGCUACUGCGGACUGGUAA